UUUACUCUUACACGGUGGAGCUGACUGCUGGACUGGACUCUGAACUACCCACAAGGCACUAGUUCCCUAGUUCUCCUCCAGCCUGUGUGUGAAGGAGAAGCCAGUGGCAUUGUCCCAAAGGUCUGUAUAUAAGAUGAGAGUGGGAGGAUGUUGGAUUCCUCAAUAAGGCAUCCAUUCAGUAGCUCAAGAAACCUGCUCUGAAGGCUGGCCAGGUUGAAACUGUUCAACCAGAUAUAUCUUCACUUCAGAUCUGAAGUUCCUCCAGAAGACUACUUCACCUCACCUGACCUGACCUGACUGGGACCAGCUACAAUACAGCCAUGUCUCUGCUGGUCCAUGUUCUGGCCUGCUGCUUCGGCCUGGGCUCCUGGGUGGCUGUCAACGGCCUGUGGGUGGAGCUCCCCCUCAUUGUCAACACCCUCCCCGAGGGCUGGGAGCUACCAUCCUACCUGACAGUCAUCAUCCAGCUGGCCAACCUGGGGCCUCUGCUGGUCACUGUCAUGCACAAGCUGUGUCCGGGCCGUCUGAGGGAGAGCGCUGUCAUCUACAGUGUGUUGUCCAUCGGCAUCCUGGCCUGUGUACUGUUGGCGUUCUUCUGGGAUGAGACCACGGUUGUGGCAACGGCACCACGGAGCACAGUCUUCUUUAUUCUAACCCUUUUCCUGGCCUUGGUGGAUUGUACUUCCUCUGUUACCUUCCUGCCCUUCAUGAUGCAUCUGCCAGCCCACUACAUCACCACCUACUUCAUUGGAGAGGGCCUGAGUGGCUUUAUCCCUGGUCUGGUGGCUCUUGGCCAGGGCGUCGGCAUGGCCAAGUGUGUAAAUGGCACUCAGUCCUCUGGUAACCUCACUGAAAAGGACAUGUACAUUGUCCAGACCCAGUAUCUACAGCCCAACUUUUCCACAGAGGUGUUUUUCUUCUUCUUGGCGGCGAUGAUGUGCAUCAGCCUGCUGGCGUUCUCUGCCCUCAACAGGUUCCCACGCAGCUUUGAACUGUCCACAGAGAACCUGGUUUCAGACACUGACACAGUGGCGUCGGUCUGCUUCGGUCUCGACAACCCUGGAGUGGUAACCGACGAACAGAACUCUAACCCAAAACCCCACAGUGAGGAAUCAGGUCAGGCUAGGCUACAGCUGGCUAAACCAGGCCACUCUGUUUAUCAGUUAGCUUUUAUCUAUUUCAUGGUGGUCUGUGUGAACGGGGCAACCAACGGCCUGUUGCCCUCGGUGCAGACGUACUCCUGCAUGCCCUACGGUAACCUGGCUUAUCACCUGUCGGCGGCUCUGGCAUCCUGUGCCAACCCAGUGGCCUGUAUAGUCGCCCUGUUCUUUCCUAAAAGGUCACUAGUGUUGCUGGGUGUACUGUGUCUCCUGGGCUCAAUCUUUGGAGGAUACAACAUGGCCAUGGCCGCCAUGAGUCCAUGUCCAGUACUACAAGGCUCUGCACUGGGAGAAACCAUCAUAGUUCUGUCGUGGGUCUUCUUCACGGGGACCAUGUCCUAUGUGAGGGUAAUGGUGGGUGUCAUCCUGAGGGACGAGAGCCACAGUGCCCUGGUGUGGUGUGGAGCAGCGGCACAGACAGGCUCUCUGCUUGGCUCUGCCAUUAUGUUCCCUUUGGUGAAUGUCUGCAACCUGUUCGAGUCAGGAGACUUCUGCAACACUAGGUGCCCUUUAUGAUGAUGACUUAUACCUGAGACACUAACAUACCCACUGGUAAGUAGCCUUGUCCGAGCCAGAACGGCCCUAGGGCAGGAGUUUAUCUCUUGUUUCUGUAGUGCAAUG